GAGAUUGCCGAGGACAAGGACAAUUUCAAGAAAUUCUACGAACAGUUCUCGAAGAACAUCAAGCUUGGCAUCCACGAGGAUUCAACAAAUCGCAAGAAAUUGUCAGAAUUCCUUCGUUAUUACACAUCGGCAUCAAACGAAGAGAUGACCUCUUUGAAGGAUUACGUGAGCCGUAUGAAGGAGAAUCAGAAGCAGAUUUACUUUAUCACUGGUGAAUCCAAGGAAGCGGUUGCAAGUUCAGCGUUCGUUGAACGCGUGAAGCGGCGUGGUUUCGAGGUGGUUUAUAUGACGGACCCAAUCGAUGAAUACUGUGUGCAACAGCUGAAGGAGUAUGAUGGCAAGAAGCUGGUCUCAGUGACAAAGGAAGGCCUAGAGCUUCCUGAAAGCGAGGAAGAAAAGAAGAAAUUCGAGGAGGAUAAGGUCAAAUAUGAGAACCUGUGCAAGAUCAUGAAAGAUAUCCUCGAAAAGAAGGUUGAGAAAGUCGCUGUGUCCAAUCGCCUGGUUUCAUCACCGUGCUGCAUCGUGACAUCGGAAUAUGGCUGGUCUGCAAAUAUGGAGCGUAUCAUGAAAGCUCAGGCCCUCCGAGACUCAUCCACUAUGGGAUAUAUGGCUGCAAAAAAACACCUCGAAAUCAACCCAGAUCACUCUGUCAUUAAGGCACUGCAAGCGCGUGUAGAGGUGGACAAAAACGACAAAACUGUGAAGGACCUUGUGGUGUUGCUUUUUGAAACCGCUCUGCUUUCGUCUGGUUUCUCGCUUGAGGACCCUCAGUUACAUGCAUCGAGAAUUUACCGAAUGAUCAAACUUGGUUUGGACAUUACCGAUGAUGAUGAGGAGGAAGAGGUAGUGGCAUCUGUUUCGGGUGAGAAGGAUGAGGUACCAAACCUAGUUGGUGCUGAAGAAGACGCAUCGCGCAUGGAAGAAGUCGAUUAA